AUGAUGGUCGCUCAAACUGGAGUUCAACCGCCGCAGCCUCGGGUGGAAGUGAAAGCCACGAUGAGGCUAUGGAGCCUUGGGGAAGCCAUCGAUGGAGCGAUGGCAGAGACGACAGGCAUCGCGUACACGACCAUGGAGGAUUCCGAGGAGCUCCCUGGGCAGAUGGUCACCGGGACGAUGGCAGAGACCACCGGCAUCACGUACACGACCGUGGAGGAUUCCAAGGCGCUCCCUGGGCAGAUGGUCGAGAUAGUACCUCUAGGUUACAUGAUCAGGGUGAUCUUCAUCGUUGGUCGGAUUCCUCUGGGGGUGGUUCAGAUUCCGGGCUACGUUCUGAAGGAUGGCAAAGCUACAAUGGGUGGCAGCAAGAUCAUGCUUCACAGUCUGGGUGGGGCACGUGGCAGGGCUUUGAGGACUCAGAGGACCUGGGCAACUCAGCGCGUUCGCAAGGCUUGGAUAGCUGCUGAAGAAUUGUCGGUAGCACGUCUAAGCACCAACGAGGGCCUCGCCUACUACACCAGCUGGAUAUCUGCAAGAUUCUUAGACCUCGAAGGCAAACGGUACGAGAAUAUAAUUCUGAAUAUGAUCGUCUGCAUGGCCGAUUGCGCGAAGUGGGGUGUUCGCUACCUGAAGAGUGUGCGGCUUGGCUUUACAUCGACCGCCUACAGCUCGAUGAAUCGCAAGAACUCAACCUGCUUGCGAGUGCUGGAAACCGCUACAACCUCCACCACCUCCAACAUGACGAACUUCGCCCACAUGACGGACCACACCGCCGAGACGGACGAGGAGGACCCGUUUGAAGGCGAGGACGCGGUACCCGAGGACGUCGCCGAGGCCUUCAUGACGUACCAGUCGGCAAAGGAGCGCUACAGAAAUCAGCAGAGGAGCCGGGGAAUGACCGGAGGCAGCAGUGGUGGCGACAAGGCACCCAAGGGCGAUGGCCAACCUGGAGAUCGCAAGCCGGGCGAACACCGGGAUGCUGAUAGGGAGACCAAGUUGAAGGCUAUGAAGGCCCGAAGCUUCUGUGGAGGCUGUGGGAGAAAAGGGCACUGGCACAAGGACGAUGUUUGCCCGCUCAACCGCGGCGGGGACCACGCGAAGGGCGAGGCCAGUGCGAAUGUGGCGAUGACUACGGUUCUCCCGGCGGACGUCUUUGCGUUGAAGCACGUGCCGAACAGCUUGUUGGGCGUGGCGGACACCGCGUGCGCCAGGACGGUGGCCGGGACGCAAUGGCUCCAGUCCUACUCCAACCUUUUGGCUGAGAUUGGGACGAGGCCGGUCCUCCAAAAGGAGUGUGAGGCUUACAGGUUCGGCACGGGCAAGGUGCACUACUCCUCGUUCUACGUUGUGGUGACCUUCAGGCUCGGCGGCUACAACAUCCAGGUACGGACGUCCAUCAUCACGGGCGACAUUCCGUUGCUCUUGAGCAAGACCGUUUUAGGAAAGCUGGGGAUGAUCUACGAUGUUGAGAAUGGGAAGGCGGAUUUCAGAGCCAUCAAUCUCAAGGACUACGCGUUGACGACUACCUCGUCGGGCCACCCGGCAAUCCCCAUCGUACCGGUCAGUCUCCCAGCUGACAAAAUGUCAGACUUGCAGAUCGAAGACCUCAGACUGCAGACCGCUGAGCAAUACAUGUCCGUUUGUGCAGUAGCUCACCAAGGCCCCCAAGUCCCAAAGUACUUCGGUAUCUUCUACGAGAAGAAACUGGACCCGAGCACCCGUAUCAUGCUGAGUGAGGACCGUUUGCAGCGAGAUGUGUUUGUUGCAUGGUGGGAGAAGGCAAACUUUGAUCGAGAUUUUUGGGUUGAGACUCCGAACACGUGGGUGAGGGUGCACAUGGUUCCAAGGAGGGCACUGUUUAAUCCUUCUACCUGGCGUACCGGUUCAACUGUUCAGCGGGACAUGCUCACAGCUUCAAUCGGCAGUGUGCGUUCUACCGAGGGUGUGUGUUGCAAAAGUGGAAGCUGGCUAGAAGAUGUCGUAGAUCAGUGGGAGUUUGGCCAAGUCGUGCAACCAUCACAUCCGUUGCUUUGGGUCGGCAGAACGGUGUUCUACAAGGCACCAGCCCCAGGCCCCGAUCUUCGCGCUCCCGAUCACGGGCAUGGACUCCGAGCGAUGCCCGCAUUCCUCGGUGCCGGUGAGCCGCGUGACGAAGCCUCAACUACUGGCCGAAGCAGUGCGAGUGGGCGCAACAGUGCACCACUCUUGGACGGUCCCCGAACUCCGUGCCACGAUCAGGGACCACGUCGACACCUUCAUGGAGAAGUCUGCGAGCCAGAAAAUGAAGGGACUCAGUUCGCUGAAGCACGGCGAGCUGGUGGCAAAGGCGAAGGAGAUGGGCGUGGAUGUGCCGGACCGCGUGACCAAAGGGAACCUACUGAGGUUGGUGCGGACCGCAGUGGGGACUACCGGCGACACCGUGAUGACCAUAGGACGAUGGAAGGGCUGCUUGUACCGGGAGAUUCCCCAGUCCUACGCUCAGUGGGCCCUCGAAGAGACAACGCGGUCGGACAAUUCGUCCCCAGAGCUGAUCAUGUUCGCGAGAUGGUGGGAGACACAGAUGCUUGCGAAGGCGAACAAGACCGAGAUCAAGGACGAGGAGAGCGAGUUCGAGGAGACAGCCCAGAACUUCCGGACCUCGACGCCAUCGAGGGGAUCAGCGAGCGAGAACCCAGUGAACAUCCGCCGCACUUCAACGCCAUCGAGGGGGUCAGCAAGCGAGAACUCGGUGAACAUCCACCGCACUCCAACGUCAUCGAGGGGGUCAUGGGACGAAGUGAGUCUAUCCCACACCAAGGGGUACACGAGUCACGGGGGCAAAGGGAAUACCACCCAGAGACCCUUGCCGAGAUCCAAGCUUUGGAGACCAAGCUGGCCCUGCUGAAGGACAAGGCGCGGAGCACGAAUGUGUGA